AUGAACUCAAUUUCCACAGAACCUUCCUCCAAACUUCUCUGGUGGAAAAUUGGUCUUGGUGUUUCACUGGCAGCAGUUGUUGUUUUGACUGUGAUCUUGAUUGUUCUCAGUCUUUCAGCUUUCCAAGGCCCCUCUGAAACAGGGCAGAUGGUUGUUCAACAUCCAGUGGUUCUCUCCACACAUUUAUGUGGCUCAAAUGACAGCAGUCUGAAGGACCAUUUCUAUAAGCUCCCGAAAAAAAAUUCGUGCACCUCAGCAGAUGCCUCGUGUUUAUCUACUCCUUCUGAAGUCUGCAUACUCUUACCGAAGGCCCCCAUCACUGCAGUAGUCAAUGAAACAGUACUCAUCCCCGUCGAAGUUGAAGUCCCCAAAUCUGAUUGGGACUUCAUUGAGAUCCAGUGGCACCACGUCACAGAAAGUCCCCAAGACUUAAUUCUGAAGUUUGCGCUGAGGUCAUGCAGUGCAAGCAGCACCACGCAGAAGUGGUGGGAACGUAGCUGCAUCCUCUUCUUAGAGGUGAUGCCGACACAUCGGUGGAAGAAGUCAGUCAUGACAAAUGCUUGGCUGGUUAUCUGGAAUGUACAACGGAAAGACGCUGGGAGAUACCAAGUCACAGUGAAAUCCAACAACAUGAGCGACGCGUGCAGUUUUGUAGAACUUGCCGUGUCUGGCGGAGAUUGUGAAGAAAGCAGAAACCUACUUUUAGCAUAGAAGAAUGUCAGAGACAUAAUUUCUCAAGCUGUUGUUUCGAGAGGCA